GUUCAAACGGAGAACACCGAACGGUGUAUUUAGAGCAGCUCCACUAGACGGCUGCCCAGAAGCAGGAGGGGGAGGCCGAGAAGGACGGAGAAGAAACUUCCAAUAUCUGCCUGGCUGGAAAGUGGGGACUUGGGGCCCUGAGCUGCCGGCAGUAGCCGAAAAAAUGGGAGGAAAUAGCAACACGCCGGGGCCAAGAAGCUGCAUCAGGCAACUGGGCUUCCUGAGGGCAACUGGGGGCCUUGGCUCGCGGCAGGCCGUGGGCUGGCUCCUCUUAUUCCUCUUGGCCCUUCAGCAGCUUUGCUCCAUCCUGGCCUUCUCCACUUGCAAGACGCUGGACAUGGACAUGAUGAAGAGGAAGCGGAUCGAGGCCAUCCGGGGCCAGAUCUUGAGCAAACUGAAACUCCCAAAGCCGCCCGAAGCGGAGGACCCCGAGUCGCGGGUCCUGUCGGAGGAGAUCAUGGCUCUCUACAACAGCACCUUGGAAAUCAUCCGGGAAAUGGCAGCGGAGGAAGCCCAGGAGACCUUGCAGGAAGAAUACUACGCCAAGGAGGUGCACCGGUUCAUGAUGCUCCCCACCGACCACGGCAGCUACGGGGAUGAAUACAAGAAGGACCACCAGAACAUCUACUUUGGGUUCAACAUCUUAGAAAUCCGGCUCGUCGUUUCGGAUCCCAACUUGCUGUACCGUGCAGAGCUGAGGAUACGGGCUGGUGGAUCGGGGCAGGAGCAGCGGCUGGAGCUGUACCAGCAAAAAUACCAUUCAAGGAAUGAUUCCUCGUGGUACUACCUUCAGGGACAGUCGGUGAAGAUGAAGAAUGAAAAAGAGUGGCUGUCAUUUGAUGUGACGAAUGUCCUCCGGGUGUGGCUCGCAAGUACAGACGUCCUGGGAAGAUUUCGACUUAGCACUCAUUGUUCCUGUGACAGCCAACGGGAGGAUCUAAAAGUGGAAAUUGAUGGCAUUACAACCAGAAGAGGGGAUCAGCACCAAAUAAGCAAGGAUAACAAGCAGCGGCCAUACCUGCUGAUCAUGGCGAUGAGCCCAGAACGGGUCAAUUUCCAGGACCACAAGCGGAGAAAACGGUCCACCCUGGAUGCGGAUUUCUGCAGCAGUCAAUCACCAGAAGAGAAGAAUUGCUGCGUACGGCGUCUCUACAUUGACUUCCGGAAAGAUUUGAAGUGGAAAUGGAUCCACGAACCUAAAGGCUACUAUGCCAAUUUCUGCAUGGGGCCUUGUCCCUACCUCUGGAGCUCAGACACCCAAUAUAGCAAGGUCCUCGCUCUGUACAACCAGCACAACCCCUCGGCUUCAGCCGCGCCCUGCUGUGUCCCCGAUGAGCUUCAGCCGUUGGGCAUCCUUUACUACGUUGGUCGACAAGCCAAAGUGGAACAGCUUUCCAACAUGAUUGUCAAAUCGUGCCGGUGUAGCUGAGAAAAGGACCAGUGGACUUGGGAAAGCCAUUCAGGUCAGGUUGGAAGAUCCACACGGGGAAUGGGUCAGGACUGUGAGGAGGCAGACUUCUUUUCCCCCUCUGCUAAAACCUCGUGCCCUUUUUU